CACGACGAGCAUAAAAAAUAGCGCUGGAGUCGAGCUGAGUGUAACAUUUUCAUCGGAUGUCGUAUAUUUACAUUCUGCAUGUUCCAGGUUUACAGAGUUUGUCUUCAUCCACCUAUUCAUGGCUUAACAGUUCAACAAUAAAGCAGAUUUGGUCAUCACACAAUUAUCCAGAACUGUGAACAUCCAUGAAGACACUGAGGAACAAAGAGAUUUCAUGCCGUGAAGCCCCUCCCAUAACAACUCACCUAUAAAUACUGGUGAAUACAGUAAAGAUGGAGUUUGUUAAAGAGGAGAUUGAAGACAUGAGUGAUCCAGAGCUAUCGAGAAUAAAACAUGAAGAGACUGAGGAACAGAUAGGUUGGUACUGGAUAGAAGUAAAACAGCAAAGACAUGAGGUGAGUGAAGUGGAGGAGGAACACUGUAAAAUUAAAACUGUAAAAGCCAAACAGCUGCACAACUGCACACAGUGUGGAAGGAGUUUCAGACAGAAAGGAGACCUUAAAAGACACAUGAGAAUCCACACUGGAGAGAAACCGUACACAUGCCCUCAGUGUGGAAAGAGUUUUACUGGAGCAUCUAGUCUUAGUUAUCAUCUGCACACUCACUCUGGAGAAAAGCCAUUUAGUUGUGAUCAAUGUGGUAAAAAGUUUAUUUCAUCAGCAAAUCUAAAAAUCCACCUGACAGUUCAUUCCGAUGAGAAGCCUCAUGUGUGUUCUUACUGUGGAAGUAGUUUUUCACGAUUGCGAAGUUUGAAACAACACCAGAGAACGCAUAAUAUUAGCGAUCAUGUGUGCUUUGAAUGUGGGAGGAGCUUUAAUGCAGCUGGCGAUCUGAAACAGCACCAAAGGAUUCAUACUGGAGAAAAACCUUACAAGUGCUCACAUUGUGACAAGACUUUCACUCAUUCAGGAAACUUGAAAGUACAUGAGCAAGUUCAUACUGGAGAGAAGCCGUACCACUGUACUCAGUGUGGAGAGAGUUUCAAAAAUUCAAAAGGUCUCAAAAAACAUCUGCCCAUUCACUCUGGAGAAAAGCCAUUUAACUGUGAUCAGUGUGGUAAAAAGUUUAUUUCUUCAUCAACUCUAAAAAGACACUUGACAGUUCAUUCAGAUGAGAAGCCUCAUGUGUGUUAUUUCUGUGGGAAGAUUUUUUCAAGGCUGGACAACUGUAAAAAGCAUCAGAAAACACAUAAUCAAGUGAAAGAUCAUGUGUGUUGUGAGUGUGGGAAGAGCUUUACUUUGGCUGUCUAUCUGAAAGAGCACCAAAGAAUUCAUACUGGAGAAAAACCUUACAAGUGCUCACAUUGUGGCAAGAGUUUCACUCAGCCUGGAAGCCUGAAAGUACACGAGCGAGUUCAUACCGGAGAGAAGCCGUACCACUGUACUCGGUGUGGAAAGAGUUUCACUCAGUCAUCAGCUCUAGUGACUCAUAUUAAAAAGUAUUGUUCUGUGUCAGAGUGAGCAAAUGUUUUCUACAGGUCCAAGUCAACAGUGUGAGAUUCAUGUACAGUAAAUAUGAGAUUAGCUCAGUGUAAAUGAAGUGAACACAAGUAUUUGGUUUUAGAAACUCUGUUUCCAAUUUGUUUAACGCUAUAUAUUGUGAUAACAAGAUAUAAACUCCAACGCAGUAUAUUAUCAGACAUUAAAGGUAUAUUAUCAGAUAAUGUACUCACUCCCUUGUCAUCCAAGAUGUUCACGUCUUUCUUCAGUCAUAAAGAAAUUAUAUUUUUUGAGGAAAAUAUUUCAAUAUUUUUUCUCCAUAUAAUGGACUGAUAUGGUGCCCCAAUUUGAACUUUCAAAAUAUAGUUUAAAUGCGGUUCUAAACGAUCCCAGCCGAGGAAGAAGGGUCUUAUGUAGUAAAAUGAUUAUUUAUUUUCAUAAAAAUAAUAAAAUGUAUAUACUUUUUAAUGUCAAAUGCUCGUUUUUUCUUGCUCUGCCUGAACAGUUUUUUUCCAGGUCAAUACAGUUAGGGAAUGUCAAUAAACUUAUCUCAACUUCAGAAUCAUCGUAUAUCACUGUUUUACCCUUUUUUGUUAAGGGUGUUUGAUCUUCUUUGUGUGUUCACUUUGCAAAGACUGGGUUGGUACUUCUGCAGCGAUGAUUGUUUUAAGUUGAGGGAGAAUAUGUGAUUGGAGUUUUUUGACAUACCCUAAAUGUCUUGAGCCAGAAUACACAGAGUUCAGGGAGAGAAAGGCAAGACGAGCGUUUAAGAUUAAAAAGUAUUUAAAUUGUAUUUUUUAAAAUGAAAAUAACCGAAUCAUUUCGCUAGAUAAGACCCUUCUUCCUCGACUAGGAUCGUUUACAACCACAUUUGGAAUCGUUUGAAGCCGCAUUUAAACUGCAUUUUGGAAGUUCAAAAUCAGGGCACCAUAUCAGUCCAUUAUAUGAUGAAAAAUCCUGAUUCUUUUUUCCUCAAAAAACAUAAUUUCUUUACGACUGCAGAAAGAAAGACAUGAACAUCUUGGAUGACAAGGGGGUGAGUACAUUAUCUGUAAAUUGUUGUUCUGGAAGUGGACUUCUCCUUUAAAGGGGUCAUGAACUGAGAUUCAUUGGCGUCAUUGUACUAUAAAGUCAUCCUGUUAGUCUAAAAACAGCUUAUAUUGAAGCCAUUCUGCCAAAACGAAAGUUUGUGGAAUGUUCUACUCUAUGAUGUAAUAGUGUGGAUAAGCACUGCCUAUUCAAACAUAGCAUUCUGAUAAGGGGAAUUAAAAACAGUACAGAAAAUAUCCUGUUAUUUCUAAAUGAUGAUGAUGUUUUUUUGAUGUAAAAGUCUUGAUAUCAUUAUAAGUCUACAUGCAACCAAAUAAACCAUUAUUUGGUUGUUAUAUCGGACUGAAAAGCCUUUAUGUAAAUACCUUAAUCGAUCUGUUAUGGAAUAGAAGCAUGCCAGAUGGAAGGGUAGUAUGAUAGAUGUGCUGUAACCACCACAACAGCUGUUAAAUAAACACAAAUUA